CGGCUGCCGCUCGGUACAUAAUGUCGAGUCGAGGCGCUCCAUCACUGCAACAAAGAAUCAAGCGAGUCGACGACGUAGCUCAUCAUCUGAACGUUGUUCUGCGAGGCAGCAAUACGUUUUCCCGUGAAAGGUUUGCAGCUGGGCGCGAGGGAAGGAGCACGGCGGGGGAGCUGUCCCGACGGAAUUCUUCGAAGGAGGCCGUGGCUUCUUCGAGUCUUGACAGUCUUGCUGCAUUCGAUGCGUCGCGCACAGCCGACGAUUUGAUGUCGUGAUGGAGGGAAAGAAACCAUCAGGACUGCACGUCUGGGUUUAUCGUCGGCCGUGUCGAUUGUGUUUUCCAGGUUCUGCUGCACUCGGCGCUCGAGAUUUCUCGCCUGUGAUAUUUGGUCCCGCGACUGCUGCACUUUCGUGUGGCGCGGUUCGCUCGCGGGGCUCGAAGUAGUCGAAGGUUUUAGAUUAGCUCGUGCGAGGUUGGUUGCGAAGAUGGAAGCGGGGGGAAAUUCUUUGGUGGCUGGUCCCGAGGGGCGGAAGCGUCGAGUGGCGUACUUUUAUGAUUCGGAGGUCGGGAAUUAUUACUACGGCCAGGGCCAUCCGAUGAAGCCUCACAGAAUUCGAAUGGCUCACAGUCUUUUAGUUCACUACGGAGUUCAUCAUAAGAUGGAAGUGCUGCGUCCUUACCCGGCGAGAGACCGAGAUCUUUGCCGCUUUCAUGCGGAUGAUUAUGUGGCUUUCUUGCGGGCUGUCACUCCUGAGACUCAGCACGAGCAAGCGAGAGCUCUCAAAAGGUUUAACGUAGGCGAAGAUUGCCCUGUAUUUGAUGGAUUGUAUGCAUUCUGUCAGACAUACGCUGGUGGCUCAGUAGGUGGUGCUGUUAAGCUCAACCACGGGCACUCUGACAUUGCCAUAAACUGGGCCGGUGGGCUUCAUCACGCCAAGAAAUGCGAGGCGUCGGGUUUUUGUUACGUGAAUGAUAUUGUACUGGCCAUUUUGGAGCUGCUCAAGUACCACCCUAGAGUCUUGUACAUUGACAUUGACAUCCACCAUGGAGAUGGCGUGGAGGAGGCCUUUUACACCACCGAUCGCGUCAUGACGGUUUCUUUUCACAAGUUUGGAGAUUACUUCCCAGGAACUGGAGAUGUUAGAGAUAUUGGAUACGGGAAGGGGAAAUAUUAUUCACUGAAUGUACCGUUGAACGACGGCAUUGACGACGAGAGCUACCAAUCUCUCUUUAAGCCCAUCAUUUCGAAGGUCAUGGAGGUGUUUCAACCAGGAGCAGUGGUUUUGCAGUGCGGAGCUGACUCUCUUUCCGGAGAUCGCCUAGGCUGCUUCAACCUGUCUGUGAAAGGACACGCAGAGUGUGUAAAGUUUAUGCGCUCGUUCAACAUCCCUUUAUUACUAGUUGGAGGCGGUGGAUAUACCAUACGUAACGUUGCCCGAUGCUGGUGCUACGAGACCGGUGUUGCUGUCGGAGUGGAGUUGGAAGACAAAAUGCCCUACAAUGAUUACUACGAGUAUUUUGGACCAGAUUUUAACUUGCAUGUAGCUCCUAGUAACAUGGAGAAUCAAAAUUCUCGAAAUUAUAUUGAGUCAAUAAGGGAUAGGCUGCUGGAGAACUUGUCUAAGCUGCAUGCUGUACCUAGUGUACAGUUCCAUGAGCGACCUCCGGAUACCGAGCUACCGGAGGAGGAGGAAGAGGAAAUGGACGUUAGAGGCAAGAGCCGGGCUUGGGAUGGUGACAUGUCUGAUUCCGAGUCUGAAGAUGGAGAGCCGAGAGAGCCUAGGCGACGUAAUCACGAUGCAAGCGAGCCUGCAUUUGCUAGGAGAUCGGGUAUCGCUAUUCAGGACCAAGGGGCAGCCAGCAAAGUAAAGCAAGAGGAAGAGCUUGCUGAAGCUGCAUCAGCAGACGAGGAGAGUGAGGGUGAAGAUGAUAUGGCCAGGCCUCCAGAGCCAACGAAAGAAGUGGUCAAAGAGGAGCCUUCUGAGAUGGAGGUGGAGCAGGCAGAGGUGCCCGCCACAACCGCAGGAGAUGUUGAAAUGAGAGAUGCCACAACAGCAGCACCACCAUCUACGUCUUCUGAUCACUCGCCUCCCGUCCGAGAUGUUGUGUCUGCUUCUUCGACGUCUGCAACCGCGUCUGGGUCACUUCCGGCACCUUCAAGCGGAACUCCUGUAAAAUCUGCUGCAUGUGGAUCUGGUCGAACUCAGCCAGACAAUGCUCGAAGGCAGAUGGACUCCACUCCUGGCCCUUCAGUUUCUACCAUUGGAGGUUCAAGUGCAGCUGUAUCCAGUCAACGGACCUCCACAACCUCUGGUGGUUCAGCUUCAGGUAGCUGGCAAGCAGGCGCCCAGCCCACACGCCCUUAUGGGAAUGUUGGAAGUGCAGCACAUGCACCCAUGUCAGGUAGAUCAGGGUCUGGGCCUGCUAUACUUGGCUCUGCACCCUUGUCAUCCGGGCCAGGAUUGUUGCCCCGACCAACAGGUCCUCUUCUGCCCGGAGCUCGCCCGGUGCCUGGAAAUGCAGGAUUGGUAUUUUCUUCUCGCUCAGGGGCUGGAACCUCAGGGCCAGGUAGGUUCUCUAUAACCUCUGGUGCAUCAGCCAAUUCAGCAGACAUUGGUCCUCCGGGUGCGGAAAAUCCCCACACUCAUCCCUCAAAUACACCACAAAGCACAGCACCUCGGACACCGUGACCAUUAUGUGUAGCUAAAUUUUGAGCGUGUUUGUUAAAUUACUGUAGCUGCAAGUAGGAGAGGAGGUGAGUCUAGUACUAUUGUUGUAGAAUCAUGAGAGGUUCCUGACAGUGACGGAAUUGGUACAUAUAGGAAUGAAACACCAGCUGCACAGUGAAUCCAUACAUGGGGACUAGUCUAAAAGGCUGAGAAAAUCACAGCCUUGCUCAUGAACUCAUUUUUCCUCAAGACGGAGUGAUUAGCAGGGACCGAUGACAGUUCGAUUCCUAGCUUUUUAGACACGUGAAUAAUCCCCCAUGUUGAUCACAUACAUGAGUGAUGUCAUUUGUACAAACGGAAGAGAUCAGGAAUGGUGUUUAGAACAUUGGGUUGGGGAGUGACCCAAUUGUUACUUGUAACGUCUUUGAGAAUGAGCAGGAUAGUUUUAGUCGUAGGAUGUUUAUUAGCCAUUGAUGAGCCUCGACAAUGUUGUAGGCUUUUCGUAAUUGCCUGAUAGAAGCUUGUGGUUUGCACUGACUCGGCAUAUUUGUGGCCUAUGGAUGGAAUGGUUGUUGAGACUGCUUGUAUGUCGUAUGUACAAGACUUACAGCAAUGACAUACUCAGAUUCUAAUAUCUAUCAUUGUCAGG